AUGGCACUCAAAUUACCCGCGCGACAGACAUUUACAGCCCGUAGCGGCAAUGUAUACUCUUACAUCUUCAUCCCUCCUACCUCCCAAUCAACAACCCUUCUCUUUCUUCAUGGCUUCCCAUCAACCCUCACAGAUUGGGUCCAUCAAAUUCAACAUUUCUCUUCCGAGGGAUAUGGCGUCAUCGCUCUGGAUCUCCUCGGUUACGGCGAAAGUAGCAAGCCAACAGAUGUACACGCCUACCGCCUCAAGUCGAUGGGCGAUGAGGUCAUCGAACUUCUCGACCAUCUGAACCUCAAGACCAUCGUGGGAAUCGGCCAUGAUUUCGGCGCGACACUUUUAUCCAGAAUGGCAGCUUACCACCCCUCACGCUGGGAAGCUCUCGUAUUUCUAGCCGUCGGACCGCCCAAGCUGGGGACGCCAUUCGACGUUGACAUGAUCAACACCAUGACCAAGCAAUUCCUGGGGUAUGAGAUGCUCGGAUACAUCCCAUGGCUAGCCGAUUUCACCACGCAGGAAAUCCUUGAGAAGAACGCUGAAACGGCGAUGAGUCUGGUGUUUUGUCGCGAUCGCGAAGAGUGGGAGACGUGGUUCCAUCCUCUUGGCAAGAUGGAGGAAAAGCACAUCUCAAGGCAUUUGGUACAAAUGAUGGGUAUAAAGGCGUGUGUCGGUGGUAUCGUAUGUGGAAAGAUAAUCUCUUCGCCCCAGACGAACAAGGCUUUGAAGACUUUCACAUCUCACAACUCGUUCUCUUCAUCGUCCCAUCAGAACCCGAACAAUCCGCCGCUCAACAGCAGCAAAUGCUUUCAUCCUGGGCCCCUCAACUCCAAACCGUCAAGUUAA